AUGAUCCAGAGUAGCUUCAUCCAGAGAGCAAUCUUCCUUUUUCUUACUGGACCUGGCGUUGGAGGGAAUUUGUUUCUGUUUGUGAAACAUGUGCACAUGAUUAUCAUAGCUCCCAGGAAAAAGGUUGCAGAUGCUAUUCUUGUCCAUCUGGCUUUAAGUAACAUUAUGACACUUUGUGCCAGAGUAAUCUCAGGUAUGUUAUCAGCUUUUCUUCUCAAUAACUUCCUAGGCAAUAUUAUUUGCAAAACUGUGAUUUACCUGAACAGAGUGGCUCGAAGUCUCUCCAUCUGCACCACCUGCCUCCUCAGUGUAGUCCAGGCCAUCACCAUCAGUCCCAGCAACACCUUGUGGAGAAAGUUCAAACCACACACUGCAUGGCAGGUUCUUCCCCACCUCCUCCUCUUCUGGAUCUUUAGCUGUCUCAUAAGCUCUAACUUGCUCCACUACAUCACAUCAAUCAAUAGCAUGAAUGGGUCUAGUGUUAGAGCGUAUGUUGGAUACUGCUACAUGUUGCCAGCUCCACAAAUAAUCAAAUGGCUUGUCCUCUGUCUCAUGGCUCUCCGGGACCUCACCUUUCAGACUCUCAUGGGCUGUAGCAGUGGGUACAUGGCUCUUUAUUUGUACAAACAUCACAAGCGUGUCCUCUACCUCCAGAGCUCCAGGAUUGCCAAAUAUCCCAGCCCAGAGAUCAAAGCUACUCAAAAUACUCUCAUUCUCAUGACUUGUUUCCUGUUCUGUUAUUGGAUAGAUUUCAUUUUGUCCUUCUACACAGGAAUCAUAUUGUCAGAGGAAUCAACAACAUUACAUACUAAAAUACUUCUUGAAGUUGGUUAUGCCAGUCUCAGCCCCUUUAUCCUGAUCAGCAGGGAUGCCAAACUGGUGAAAUGCUGGUUUAUUCACUGA